GGCGUUAUACCCUACAACGACUUCUACUUCACUACCGUGACAGACAAUACAGACGACCGGGCAGUGUGUUCUACGUUUCCUACCAAUCGUACCGCCUCUGUCGACGCAAGUUCCCUCAUUGGUCGGUCUUCUGCCAAUGUGCCUAACCGCCCUAACAUCAAAUUACUUGCUGUACUACCGAAGGCGACCGCCGGCGUCAGGGAAACCAAGGAAGAACCCGCGGAAUUGAAGCCAGACGGCGAUUCGUCAGUCAGAUUGAACCCGAAUGCUGUCAGUCCAAGGCAGUUUGUUAGUUACGCCACCAAUUUAGUCAGGUCGCCCAAUUCCGAUCUCACCUGCCAGUUCCUCCCCCUUCGACACACGGAGGCUGAUCAGAUGACUCUGGAGGCCCUCUCCUUCCUCUUGUCCGCAAACAAUGCCUUUGGCAUCUACUCGGAAUCUCCCUUUUUGCGUCCCGUUAUCCUCUUGCAGCCUGUAAGGUUUGCCUCCCCAGUCAAUGUCCUCUUGCACCACGCGGAUCCCGAGAACAUGGUCCGUACCUUGCGAGAUCUGGCAGAUCAGAAGGUGACUAGCCUCCCACUGCUGGCUAUCCUGUCGGGUGCUAAGCCGAAUGCUGCCUCUUUGGGUUUCUACACGGAAUACCUGACCUACAGUUUCACCCUCACACUCGAUACCAAUAUAAGGCGUCUUCUGAUGGAUCAGUCACGUCAGCAGAAUGGCAGCGCUGACAAGUACCGUGUCAUCCUUCGGCUGGCCUGGGCCACGACCGGACUGUACAUGCCGCGUGACAAAUCCAACCCCUCUCGCGUUUUGGCCCCGGAAGUGCUACCACGCUGUCUCUCCGUCCGCGUUGCUCGUCGCAACGUCCCCCUUCCCGAUCCAAUCUUUCAUUGCGGCGAGGCGCAGCAUUUUGGUCAUCGUCUCCGCUUCGCAAUUGAUAUCACUGAUAAGGUUAUUUUAUUUUCCUUUCUGUGCUUUGUAUAUCUUGGCUUGGGCAGUUUUGACCUCUAA